UGUGAUAAAGAACAAGUGAUGACUAUAUUUUGGUAUAGACUAAUUUUAUUGCCACUACUAUUAUUCAUACAAUUUUCAAGCACCGAAAACGGUUUUAAAAAAGAAAUCUUAAUCUCUUGUGUCUCAAAUUUCUUUGCUGAAGAAUUAACCAAUUUCCAUUUUAAAUAUGAUGAAACGAUGGCAGAAUAUAAUUUUAAAUUCCAUGAUGGUGAAAUAGAUCUCAUAAAAGGAAUGCUUGGAAACCGGAACAAAAUUAUAUUUUUCUUUCUGGGCAAUCAAGACCGCUUGAGAAAUUUAUCUGGCAGACAUUUCUAUUCAGCAAGAGAUCAAUUAUGGGAUACAGGAGCAUGCGUGUGUGUCGUCAGCUAUGAUAUUUCUGCUGGAUGUAGUCUUCUUUCCGAUUUUAAAUAUUUUACAAUACUAAAAAAUCGAACUCCACGCGUCGUUGAGAUGGCUACCUCUUUCAUUCAAAACAUUAUCGAUUCAAGCGAAUUUCCAAUUAAUUUGUCCACUGUAUAUUUAAGUGGAUAUUGUUUGGGUGGUCAUAUUGCGGGAAAUGUUGGACUUGCUUUGAAAAAAAUUUAUAAUGGACAAAUGGUUCCGACAAUUUGGGCUUUUGAUCCACCGUGGCUCGGUUUCACGAAUGAAAUUGAAGAUGGAAAUCCGAGACGAGUGCAAAAAGGCGAUGCUAGAUGCGUAGUCAUUUUUCAUACCUCUUGGAUUGGGAUCAAAGAAACAAUCGGCGAUAUUGAUGUAAUGCUCAAUGAUGGAAAUAAAAUACAGCCCGGUUGCAAAUUCCUUGAAAAUCCAGACAUUUCCUUCAAAUGUAGUCAUCAAGCAGCAUUCACUCUUCGUGAAUUAAUUAUAAAGAAGAGCGAUAAACUACCAUUAAACGAAGGAAUCCCAUUUGCAACUGCACAUAAUUCCGAUCAGUGUCCCUUAGCAUUUACGAAUAUGCCUCUCAAUAAGACUGGUACAUACUAUUUACGUACUGGCAAAAUAUUUGGCACCAAGUUCAAUUUGGUGGUCGAUUUGACCAGUGUUUCCAAUUAAUCAGUUUUUUUCUCAGGGAUUGUUCCUUUGGGGAGAAGGAAUGGUGUGGAGGCAAAUGAGGAAGAGGAGAGCGCUGGGGUGAAUUCUCCUUCCUCAAGCUUUUUAACUUUUAACUUGAAUCCAAAAAAACAAUACUGCUUCCAUUUUCAUAUAUAAUACUGUUUAUCUAGCACGUUUUAUAUGCCUUGUGUUUUUUGCCUGUAGUACGUCAAAUUGAUAAAAAUUUCAUUAUGUCAACGCACUUGGAGCUUGAUCCAGCAAAUUUUAAUAUUUUUUCACUUCUUUAAACUUUAUAAUUUAUGCAUUGUUUUAAAAAGAUAUAUCACAUUUAUAUGAA